CGCAUUAAAAAAAUCGGCUUAACUCAAAUCAAACAAACGCCUUAUAAAAUAUCGCGAAUGCUUUCUACUCAUUUAUUUCAGAGUUAGUAUUGGAAUCAAUCGAACAUGAAAUUUCUACACAUCUUUGCAAUUUUAUUAGUGGCUAUAGCGUUAGUCAAAGCUAAUCCAUUGCCUGGCGGUGGUGGAGGAGGUGGCGGCGGUGGCGGUGGACGAGGUUGCAAUUGUGAGCCUGGUGGUGGAGGCGGCGGUGGUGGUGGAGGUGGUGGCGGCGGUUGGGGCAACGGUCCUGGUGGUCCUGGUGGUGCCAAGGGUCCAGAUUGUGUGCGCCCAUCAUGGAUGCCUCCAUGUCCAUAAAACAAAAAUAUAUGCUUAUGUUUUAAAUCAUCUGCUGAAAAUUGUCUUGCACAUUUAUGUGCCUCUACUACAAUUGACCAAAAAUUAUGUACCUCAAUUCGCUAUUAAGUAUGAUUUA